AUGCUCGAACAAAAGAACCUUGACUAUGAUGUCAUCGCUCUCCCCGGUCCGUACUUGCGCCUCUCAAAGGAUGAUAUCGCCCAACUACAGAAUAACGCCCGCUACGUGAAUUAUCUCCAAAGAAAGCACAACGAAUGGAAAGAGGGAUGGUGGAAGCGCCCUCUUACAGAGUGCGAGGUGUUGCGCUACCACAGGGCCACAUAUCGAUUGUGGAAGUUUAUGCUCACAAUGUAUCUGCCGAAAUGUGAGGAUAUGUGUGAUGGAUACACGAUUAUGGAUCUCAUCGAUAUGCAGACAGCCGCGAGGAAGUUUGAUGUCUAUUAUGAUUUCGAAGUGACAGGGUUGCCGAAUUUUGAAAAGGCUCCCACGGGCACGGCGAUCAACAGUUUGUCCGGCAUGUUAAGGCGACGGGUCGCUGCAUUCUGUGAGUGCGAUGAAAGUAUCGAGUUGGACGAUGUAUACGAGUGCAACAAGAAGUAUGCGGAUCUGGUGAUGCUGGACCCGGAGGAAACCGAAAAGGAUAAGAAGUGGGAGGAGUCUGUGAUCGGGAAAUUGGAGCACUGCGAGAAGAAGUUGAAGGAGAAACAGCAGGGGGCUGCCGCUGCAAAGACUACGGCCUGA